AUGGAUCCUGCUCUACUGAGGGAGAGGGAGCUCUUCAAGAAAAGAGCUUUGUCCACGCCAGUUGUAGAGAAGAGACCAGCUGCAUCAGAUUCUGGAUCACACAAGAAGAAGAAGCCCCGAAUAGAAAAGGAGGGCUCAUCAGGAUCCAAGCAGAGUACUGAGUCUAGUAAUGGCAGUUUUAACAUUAAGACAAGCUCCGGUUACAAGUUUGGUUGUCUUGCAAAGAUCGUCAAUUACAUGAAGACAAGACAUCAAAAUGGCGACACACACUUCCUGACACUUGAUGAAAUUCUGGACGAGACCAAACUUCUCGAUAUCGGCUUGAAACAAAAGCAGUGGCUAAUGACUGAGGCUUUGGUAAGUAAUCAAAAAAUUGAGGUCCGGGAUGGCACAUAUGGCUUCAAGCCCAAGUACAACCUGAAGGACAAAAAAGCUUUACUGAGGCUGCUGGACAAACAUGAUCAGCUAGGCCUAGGAGGAGUGCUAUUGGAAGAAGUUGAAGAGGGGCUUCCCAACUCCGCUAAGGCCAUAAAGGCAUUAGGGGAUCAGAUUACAUUUGUGACAAGACCGGAUAAGAAAAAGAUCCUGUUCUACAAUGAUAAACACUGUCAAUUUCUGGUGGAUGAAGAAUUUCAGAAACUGUGGAGGAGCGUUCCGGUGGACUCUAUGGAUGAAGAGAAGAUUGAAGAGUAUUUGAAAAAGCAAGGAAUCACCUCCAUGCAGGAAUCAGGGCCAAAGAAAGUGUUACCAGUUCAAAAGAGGAAGAAGCAAGCUGGUCAGCGAAAGAGACACUUCAAGACCCACAAUAACCAUUUGGCAGGAGUACUGGAGGACUAUGCGGAUGGUGUGCCAGUCAAAAAGUGA